UGAUGGCGACUUGGCAUCCCCAUGCACCUUGGAUCAGGUUAGAGAAACUUCAUGCCGAAGCAACCGCCAGAGUUGCUGGCCUCACCUCCAUUAAUCUUUUGUCCCCCGCCCAGACGCACCUAUGAUUGCCUCACAGAUGGAGACACAGAUUGCGUCGAGCCCCGAAGGAGCUUGGAGUCCACGCCCGCUACGCGGCCGCGCCGGGCGCGGCCCAUAGCUCCCAAAGCUGAAGGCAAAUCUUCCUCCAGUGCCGGAAGCUCUGUCGGCAACGCAGAAAAGUUGACGAAUGCGCCAAAGUUAAAGCGCAGAGUCAGCACGCAGAAACACUCGAAGCAGGACUUGCAGACCCAAGCCAGCUCCGAGGAUUUUUCGGCCACGUAUUGGCAAACGGAAGAGUUGAACGAGUCUGGUGAGGAGCCGACCUCGCAACUGGAGAUGGAGGUCGAGGAGUGGGUUUUGGACGAGGAGGUACCGUUGCACGAAGCGUUGGCGCAGGAUCUGAAGCGACAAGGCUUGAAAGCCAUGAGCGGCCCAAGCUUGAAGGAUGUCAUUGGUGUCAUAAAGCUGUCAUUGCCAGGCAGCGCUCUCCUGGAUUGCGCUCGAACCGAGCCCCCGGGUAACACGAUGUUUAAGGACAUCAACCCGGUGCGGGUGGGGGUUGCAACAAUGGAACAGUACCUUCCUCUGGUUUUGCGGCUCUUUGAGUUGACACCCGAGGGAGAGUACACCUCGACCUGUCUGUCCCAAGCUUUCAUGGAGAUGGACUCUGAGAGCAAGUUCAACUUGAGCCAGGCAGCAGCCCAACUCCAAGCUGUUUUGCGACCCAAUGAGCGGAAGGCCCGACCCACCUGCAAGAAAGGUGCCACGAAGAAGAAGUCACAGCAACCUCAUGACACCAACGUGGCAGUCUGGGAAAUUUCAGAUGGUGAAGCUGUUGAUGACCUACAUGAUGAUGAGCCUGCUGGUGACCUAGAUGAUGGUGCACCUAAAACUCCAGACCUGGUGGGGGAAGAGGUGGUGAUUCUGGGUGGUUCUGACCUGACCCAUGCUGAUGGAGGGGAAGUAGCGGGGUCUGUGGAAGUUGGUCAACCGCGUUACCAUGGUGUUGAACUUCAAUGUGGUCCCAGUCCCAAGCCAACUGAACUUGAAGUAUCCGAUGAAUCAGAAAGGAUCUUGGAUUCUCCCAAACGUGGCUGCUACUGUGACCAUGAAAUGGGACUUGCAGAUAGGCAGCCUGAAUCUUUCGAAGACUGGUAUCGGUGUGAUCAUUGCAAAAACGUACAGAAAACAGGGAACCCGGAUGAAGUUGAAACCCAAGCUGGUGCUGAUGUGGUGCCAGAGGCUGUUGCAAAGCUUAUGUCUCAAUUUACCAUCAGUAUGAUCACACCUCAAGGUGAAGUGUUUGUUCGAAAAGAUGAUGGUUUUGAAAAGGCUUCCAGUCCUAGACCAGAGUAUCGACGCCUUCGCCCUUUGAUCCGUGAACCUGUGGUGGUUGACAGCCCUGAGGAUGCAAGUGCCACCGCUGCUGAGUUGGCUGCUGGUCAUGUUACCAAUGCCAUGGAGGACAACCUUGCUGAUCGGCCAGUGCCAGUUGCUGAUCAGCCAGACCACCCAAGCGCAUCUGCUCCCGUUCAAGAUUUUGAUGACAAGAAGGAUCCAAAUGCUGGAAAAUACCCACUUCCAGCUCCACCGGCCUACAUGGGAGAGAUUGAGAAGGAGGUUUCCUUGAUGGCCCCACCAGAGUUUGCUACCCAGGGUGAGGCUGCUGGAAAGACAAGGGGUCGCAAGAAAACUAAAGAAGCUAAGUCCAGACCAAGGGGAAAAACACCUGCAAAGAAUCGUCGAAACUCAACACGAGGUGUCGCAAAGGCCAAAGCAAAGGCCAAAGCAAAGGCGAAGUCUAGCAGAGCAAAACCAACCAGGUCAGCUGCAAGCAGCAGCGCGAAAGCGAAAGCAAAGUCCCGAGCCCGAGCGAUCCCUGCCCCAGAAGAAGAGCCAGCCAUGCCGUCAAGUUCCAACCCGAAAACUGAAAGGAAAAGGGCCUCUAGUGAGAAAACCACUUCUGCAAGCUCCAAGCCCAGGGUUGAAAGGAAGAGCAAGGCCAGCACUACUGUGGAGGAGGAGCCCAGGAUCCCCCCACCGCAUGUGACGCAUAAUCACAUAUACUCUUCGGCCUACCGCCGAGCAUUGGCUGCGGACCCAAAUGAUCCCCCGAAGGCUAGGAAGCUAGCACUUGAGGCAGUUGAAUUCUUUAAGAAAACGGGCACUGUCAAUGGGCUCUGUGGUCAGUUCAGAUCAAAGCCCCGGAAGAGCCGUGGCGCCACUGAUAAUGAAUAG